AUGGGUGGAACACCAUCAUCAUCAUCAAAUGCACCAAGUGGAAGUGGAGGAACAGGUGUAACAAUAAAUCCAGCAAUUUUAACUGGUCCAGUUACAAUGCAAGUACCUGGUUUACAAAUAACAGCAAUGACAACUGCUAUUGGUAAUCCAACUGAAGUACUUUGUUUAAUGAAUAUGGUAUUACCGGAAGAAUUAAUUGAUGAUGAAGAAUAUGAAGAUAUUAUGGAAGAUAUUAAACAAGAAUGUUCAAAAUAUGGUCAAAUACGUUCAAUGGAAAUACCAAGACCAAUUGAAGGUGUUGAAGUACCUGGUUUAGGUAAAGUUUUUAUUGAAUAUAAUACAUCUAUUGAUUGUCAACGUGCACAACAAUCAUUAGCUGGUAGAAAAUUUGAUAAUCGUAUUGUUAUAACAUCAUAUUUUGAACCAGAUCGUUAUCAUCGACGAGAAUUUUAA